AUGAUUUUGUUUUAUUUUUCGGACAGUUUAACAUACGUGUUGCUAUUUUUAUUGUUUCCUAAGCCAAGUGUGCAGACAUGUUCUGAAGAAGUUACCAACAAAGGUUUGACGGUGCGAUGGCCACAAAGUGAGGAAGGAACAGAUAUUAAGUCAAAUCCGCUGUGUUACGACCAAGAUACGAUAAUCAUUACUAGAAAUUGUGUGAAUAAUACUUGGAUUCCUACUGCACAAGAUCUACCUCCUUGUUUUGAAUCUCUGCACAUCCCGGACUUACGAAAUAUCUCAUGUUCACCUGGUUUUGUAAAAAUCUCCGAAAGUAAUACCGAAUACUGCUUCAAGGUCGAGGAGGCAAGUAUAUGGAGUUAUCCAUGUUUACAAGGUGGUGGUGCAACGGUCAUAACAAAUCUUAGUGAUGAAGAUGCCCAAUCGGUUUUGACGACCCUGAAAGAGAUGAACAUUUCUCGAUAUUAUUGGUUACCAGCACGUCGACCGAGGCUGUUCAAUCCAAUUCUUUGGUAUACGCCAGGCAAAAUGUGGCGUCGUAACGUUGAAAGCAACAAUUUUAUACGGAUUCGAGCGUGCAUUUUCAAUUUUUAUGCCCUAUUAGACAUUGAAAAAGAAGAAGUUAUUUCAGAACGCUACACCUUGGAAUAUCCAUCUUUGUGCUUUUACAGAAAUAACAUUCAUUAUCCGGCCAAAUGUCCAAAGAACUAUAAGGGGGUUCGAUUUACCCCCGACCAAAGUAUAUGUGCAGGUAUAGAAAUGCGUAAAGAAAAUUUAACGUUCGAAAAUUUUUUAAACCAUUCAAGUCAAUGUACCCCUAUGGGUGACGAUCUGGACAAUGAUUUAAGCAGAUAUGUCUAUAAAGAAUUGGCAAAUUCUCAUGGUUUAUCACAAGAUACAUGGUGUUGGUUUUCAACAUCUUUCUUCAAACAUAUAGGUGAUGAUAUAGGUAUCUUGGAAUCUGUAUUUUCUGAUUUUCAUGUUUCUAUAAAUAAUGAAGGAUCAUUACGCCUAAGCAAAAAAAGAGACGGAACAACGUUACCGUGCUUAGCUUGUCGGUCGGAAGUAUUAUAUGAAAACACUGAAUUGUAUUUCGAGUACAAUCAAAAUCAAAAUAAAAUGUAUUUGACCGUUUAUCAUCCUUCAGGCUUAUGGAAAUAUUAUGAAAACGAUACAGGUAUUCAAUGUUUUUCCGAUGCAAAGGGCUUGGUCAAAGUUAUUGACAUAAAUCAAUUUCCAUUCAUGGAAGUAAAAGACAAUGCAGUCGACGCAGUAACUAAUGAGACUAAAACUAUAGAAAAAAUUGUUUAUAUAAUUGACUUAAUAACAGAUCAUUCGGCACAAUACUGGUGUGAAGGUCACACAAACAAUUUUUCAUUAAUCUCAACAAAAGUGGUGAUUGCAAAUCCUCAAGGCAAUGAUACGCACGUUUUUUCACUUGCGCUUGAAGUUUUUCUUACUGACGAUGAAAUAAGAAAUCACCUAGAUGACAUAAUGGAUUACAUAUGUGCAAAUAUUACAGUAAUCUUCAAUGCCGAAAAAGUACUCCUGAUGACAAUGCUUACAUAUGAUUCAGAACAAUUGUCAUUUAUUUUACACUUGCAUAUGCCAAUUAAAAACAUAUACGAUGAUAAAGGAGGCAAUAUCAAAGCUCUAUAUGAGAGAAUGCGAAAAAUUGCUGAAACUGAUCUAUCUCUACAUAACUUUACAUUCGUCAAUAUUUCUAGCUCAAUGUAUUGUUUACCAACGACAUCGUGUUCAGAAGGUGUAACAUUGGAAUGGGAACUUACACCGAUCGGUCAUAUUGCAGCUCCAAAACAAUUUUGUUUGCAAGCUAAUGGCUUACCAGUCAAACGACGCUGUUUAGGAUCCUAUAUAUCAGGAAGCACUUGGGGCAAAGUUGAAGGAGUCUGUAAUAAAAAUUAUUCUCCUUCGAACACAACAACAUUUCUGUACACGUUUUAUAUAGGCAGAAUGCCCGCCAAUGAUACAUUUAGAUUUCUUACGGAUGGUCUUGGAUACGUUUUAAACGAUCUUGGCAUAUUUAUACCGGCUGACAUUUAUUAUCUUUCCAUAUCAUUACAACAACUUGUAAAUAUUGCUCAAGGGAAUGAAAAUUCAGUAGAUAUGGGCACGAUUUCGAACAUAGCUUGGAUUAUGAAUAGAGUAAUGAUUCUCGAUAAUUCAUAUCUCCGAUUAGCGCAAACACUAAACUCUACAAACGUGAUUUUGGAUGCAGUUGGGGAAAUUAUACAAAGGCUGGCUGAAAAAAAUACGUCCAGCUUGUUAAAAGAAGAAAGCAGUGGUUACGAAAUUGCUAAACAGCCGCAAUUCAUAAUUCAAAUAUGUUGUCCCAUAACAAAGAAUGUGACAGGCAUGGCAAUAAAACAAACUGGAAACUCCAGCAGUUUUCUGGACAUGGAAAUAAUUCCGUUAUACAAAAACACUACGUAUGAAGACGUACUAUUAAUACAAGGUUUAGAGGUUGCAACGUGGAUUCCUGAGAAUGUAAUGGAUACAUUAGUUAGUAAUUCAAAUAAUACAACCAAUAGAACCGCGUCUGAUAAAAUUUUUCGGAUAUUAAUAAGCAUUUAUUAUAAUGACGCGGUAUUUCAAGCUCUAGAUCCGACUUAUUUCGAAUUAAAUAGCAGAAUAGUGGGGGUUACUAUUCCAGGAUUCAUACCUAAUUUAAAACAUCCUAUACCUUUAGUGUUUAAAAAUUUAAAUAAAACUGACUUCAAGAAAGCAUGCGGCUACUGGGACUUUAUGGUAAAUAAAAUAAUUUCUGGCUUUUGGUCGAACAGGGGCUGCUAUCUCGUUAAAACAGUGAACAGUAUAAGUGUAUGCAAUUGUUACCACCUUACUCACUUUGGUCAAUUGAUUAAUAUUCGAGAAAGAAUUAUGGAAGACGUUGACGAUAUUAAUAGUAGACAUUCUAAACCAUUAAAUAUAAUAUCUCUGAUUGGAAGUUUUUUAUCGCUAAUGGGUAUAGCCGGGAUAUGGUUAACGGCAUUCGUUUUUCAGUCUUGGAGAAAAAAGCCUGGCUCCAAAGUUCUUUUACAUUUGACGGCAGCCAUCGCUUUACCAUUGAUAAUAAUUAUUGUAUUCAACUUAGCAGAUCAAAAUUUCCAGGACGACAAGGGCAUAUACUUCGGUAGCGAUCGAUUACAAUAUAUUUGUAUUUUCCUCGGUGCGUUACUCCAUUACUCGGUUUUAGCAAGCUUUAUGUGGAUGCUCAUAACGGCCGCCUUACAAUUUAUCAGAUACGUUAGAGUACUCGGAGUCUACCGACCUUCUAGGUUCAUGAUAAAAUUCACCCUUAUAGGUUGGGGUAUUCCCAUUUUCCCAGUCGCUUCUAUAUUAAUAUUGAAGCCUAACAAUUACAUUCCGAAUUCGUCUUCAGUUGGUAUAAUUGAUACGUGGAGGGCGAUACCAGCUAACCAAGCGCUAUACGCCCUAAGAAGCGACGAUGAAGAAGGAGAAUUGGACGAAUUCGCCAGAGUUUUCGAUGACGAAAAUUUACCACGAGGCAAGUACACUCUUAACAGUAUAUACAAGUUUGGUUGGUGCUCUCGGGAUAUGGUUUUGCCAACUUACUUGAAGAAAUCCGCCAAUGUUACGUUCCCCACUUUUAGGACUACACAAGUCAACUAUAUUUAUCUCCUGUUAAGAAAAAAUUCUCAACAAUAUACACAUCAGUGCGUCGUUAUAAAAGUCUACGUUCCCACGAAGUACAUGUUUUUCAAAGGCAGGCUGCCCAUAUACUACUGCCAAGAUAAUGUACCACAGAUAAUUAGCAUGAUACGCGACUUCGCCUCGUGCCAGGAUGACUUCAAUAUGAAACCAGCAGACGGGGUUUUAAAGGAGCACACCUUUCCCUGGCUCGGUUUUGUACAGUAUAUUCACGUUACUACCUCUCUUCCACACCACAGCAAGGCGCCAAGAGUAGUUCUCAUACAUAGGCAAUUCGCCCUGGGUACAGCGACUGAUAUGCUUCAUCUGCCCAAGAAUUAUAAGCUUGGCAACGUUUUAUUUGGCGAUUAUGUGCGAGAUGAGGAGGAUUGUGGGCUAACCUACACACAAACGAAAAUGGGGGUACAAUGCCCUCGUGCCUACUUGGAAAUUCCACUUAUUGAUAUAAGUCCUCAUCCGGAGUACUCUAGGUUUGGAGUCGGUAACAGUCUGGCUAUUAUAAAACUGCUAAGGCCUAUUAAAUCUCAUUACAUGAUACCGAUAUGUCUACCAUCGAUAGAAGAACGCGGACGGAGGCGAAGAAAUAGAUAUAUAUUCAUGGUUGAUUAUAUAAGUUCUGUGCCAAGAGACUUCGAUUCUGAGAAAAUGGCUAAAAAGUCACUCAAAUUCUACACGCACAAGGAGUGCAGAAAGCAAAGAAUGCGAAAUAAAUUAGGAAGUGAGGGUGUGACUCAUGUCCUGUGUAGCUCUGGAUGUGGUAUUAGACCCGGGGCACCCAUGGUAACCCAUGCCCCUGAAGGAACAGUACAAGUAAUGGGGAUAGCUGCUGGAAGUGCUCCUUGCAUCAGACGUUCAAUGAGAAAUAGGCUCAAUAAAGAACCUCCCCUCUACAUAGAUGUCUAUCCAUAUGUUAGCUGGAUAAUUAACUUUGUCAGUGCUCACAUCCUACCGAGACCGUAUCCAGAGAAUUUUAAAUUAGUCGACGGUGGUUCGAGAAUGGGAAUUAACAAAGAAUAUUUACGAGCAAGGAAACCACAAAAGCAGGGGUGGAGAGCGAGGACGUACGUUUCAGGAAACACUUGCUUCAAAAGUAUGAAAAAGCAGCAGCAAGCCGCUUUUUUCUAUAGUGAAAGAUUUGAGGUGAAUGCAGACCCGCCUGGAAAGUUGAACAUUAUUAUCAAACUAUCAGCUGGCAUAGAAUGUACCAUAGCCUGCGUUCGGGUGAUGCUACCAAACCGUCUUGUCACACCUGUCGUACAAGGAGUCGGUGGAUAUAACAUAACGAUUUCCUUCAGCACAAUGUGGUUCCCAUAUAUUUUCUACUUCUCAUUAGGAAUCACCGGAAAGAACACCACAGCGACUGAUUAUUACAAAUGGCUGCCCGAACGGAAACCAGGUUAUUGGUGA